AGUUGUUCCCGCAUUUGGUUGAAGAUUAAAUCCAGAAACUGAGGACAUUUCAUUCCAGUGACGUUUUCUUAGAGCAGGAUUACAAAAACAAAUGCUUCUGAUUUUCCUGUGUCGUUGAAUUAAUAGAAGAAACAAAAUGAGUAAUAUUUAUAUUCAAGAACCACCCACGACGGGAAAAGUGAUGAUGAAGACUUCGAUUGGCGAUAUUGAUAUAGAAUUGUGGACAAAAGAAGCACCGAAAGCUUGCAAAAAUUUUAUCAAAUUAUGCUAUGAUGAUUACUACAAUAAUACAAUUUUUCAUCGAAUUGUAAAAGGUUUUAUCGUUCAAGGUGGUGAUCCAUUGGGAACUGGAGAAGGAGGUGAAAGUAUUUACGGACAUCCCUUCAAAGAUGAAUUUCACUCGAGAUUACGAUUUUGUCGGCGUGGUUUGGUUGCAAUGGCGAAUGCAGGAAAAGACGAUAAUGGAUCACAAUUUUUUUUCACCCUUUCCGCAACACCUGAAUUGCAAAAUAAACACACGAUUUUUGGAAAAGUUACAGGUGAAACUUUAUACAACGUUUUGAAAUUCGAAGAAUGUCUUAUUGAUAAGGAUGACAGGCCAGUUUAUCCUCCGAAAAUUUUGAAAACACAAGUAUUGACCAAUCCUUUUGAAGAUAUUACACCCAGUGAAACGACAAAAGAAAUUGACGAGGAUAAAGAGAAGGAGAAGGAAAAGAAGAAAAAGAAUAAGAAAGGAGUGAAAGAUUUUAAACUUCUUUCCUUUGGCGAGGAGGCGGAGGAGGACGAAGAGGAAUUUAAGGAAUUAAAUAAAAAAUUCAGUGGCAAAAGUAAAUCUGCUCAUGAUGUUUUAGAUGAUCCAAAAUUAAGUUCAGAGCCGGCUUUAGAAGAAGCUAGUUCCUCGAAUAAAAAACGAACGAACAGCGACAGUGAUGAUGAAAUACCAGAUGAUGAACUUCAAAAACGACGGGAAAUGAGUGAGAGAGUGAUAGAAAAAUUGAAAAGUGGAAAAAAACCUAGUUCCAAAAAAUUAAAAUCUGACAAGAAUGAAGAAGAAGAAGAAGAAAACGAAGACGAAGAAAAAUAUUAUUUGGGAAAAGAUCGUGCAGAUGAAAGGAAACGAAUGGCCGAAUCGAUAAAAAAGGAAAUUCGAGAUCUCAAACGAGGUAUUCAGAAGACUAAAAAGAAAGAGGAAGAAGUUGCCAAAUUAGAGGAAGAGGCUGCUGAAAAGGAAAAACAAUUGAAAACUGAGAAGCAGGAACGCGAAGAAAUAAAAAAGAAAUUAAAAGAACAACAAAAGAAGAAUAAAGCAGAAAGAAAUGACGAUUUUAUAAUGCAGAAAUUGAAUAAAUUUCGAAAUAAAAUACACGCAAUGAAAGAACAAUGUAACGCAGAUUCGGAGGAAACGGAGACAAAGCCAACUGACGAUAAGGACGAUGAAAAGAUUGAUGACACCAUUUUAGCACAUUCACUUCAUUGCGAAGAUAAAACACCCAUAUUAGCAAGGGACGCUAAUUUAAAAGAUGACGAUUGGUUCGAAAUUUAUGAUCCUAGGAAUCCACUUAAUAAACGAAGACGAGGUGAAAAUAGCGAUCGCGGUAAAGGUCGACCACCAAGAACUUAAAGCCUUUGACAAUGGAGGAAUUCAUUGUGACUCGCGGAGCAAAAAAUAAGAAUCAGGCGUUAAAAAAUUUUAUGACCGUAACAUACGAAGCGCCAAAGAAGAAAAAAAAAGCAGAAAAUUCUCACACGCCUACAAUAAA